CUCCAAGCCCCCUCACCAAUGGAUUAUAGCGAUUGGUCUAUAUCACUGGACACCUGUUCAAGCUCGUAAUAUCACUGGACUAUCGGCCCCACGCUUGGCUGGCCCCACACGACAGUGGCUUGAACAGGUCGCAACGCCAGCGCCAGCGCGUGACGGAAAAAUAUCAUGCUAGUUGCUCUCGUUCCCCGGUUAGUUGAGCUCUUUCCCUUCCUCGCUUCGAACCAAAUCAAAUCGGAGCGGCGGAGCAAAACGAUCCCUCGCCUCGCUCUCCUUCGAUUCAGCUCGACCAGGGCCCUAAUCGGGAAGCUAAUGCCACGCAAGUCGCGAGAUCUGUAGCGCCACCCGGCUUCGCGGUGGGCAUGGAGGCGCAGAACGGCGCCGGCGGUGGGGCGCCCGUGGUGCUCAACGUGUACGACCUGACGCCCAUGAACAACUACCUCUACUGGUUCGGCCUCGGCAUCUUCCACUCCGGAAUCGAAGUUCAUGGUAUGGAGUAUGGAUUCGGAGCACAUGAGUUUCCAACAAGUGGGGUAUUUGAGGUGGAACCGAAAAGCUGUCCUGGUUUCAUCUACAGAAGAUCUGUGUGGAUGGGCACAACUGACAUGUCUAGAGCAGAGUUCCGCUCGUUCAUUGAAAAUCUUGCAGGAAAGUACAAUGGCAACACAUAUCAUUUGAUUUCAAAGAAUUGCAACCAUUUUACAGAUGAUGUCUGUAAGAACUUGACCAGGAAAUCAAUACCUGGGUGGGUGAAUCGGCUAGCAAGAGUGGGUUCAUUUUUCAACUGUCUCCUACCAGAAGGCAUCCAAGUUUCCACAGUUAGACACGUCCCUACUCAUCCUGCAUUUUCUGAUGAUGAUAUGGAUUCGGUAUCUUCAUCGAUUAUUGGAGACAGUGAUCUGGAAGAGUUGGACCAACACCUUCUGCCAUCAACUACUGAUGCCCAUUCUAUAGACGUGCCACCAAAGCUAGCCAAAGAUCUUCUCUGAAUUAUUCAAGCCUUUGGGGUCCACAUAGCAAGGAUAACUUUGACUGCUGCAGUUGAUGUCCACUGACUGCUUCUCCGGGUGAUUCAGGAUUGCGGGAGUGUAGAUGAAUGCUGCUGAUUGUAUUGAUUCUUUGCGACUGAGUUUGUUACAUACACACAUAGCUCUCGACAGAAAUGGCAUGCUUUCUAAUUCUUUGCCUGUUAUGACUUGUGAGUUGUGACUUCAUCCUAAGUAUCUUGUGUUCGAGUGAUACUGUACGCACUAUAGACGUGAGUUGUGGCACUGCGGAACUGGCCUGUCCGAAAGAGGCACCAGGCUGUGGAUCGUGAUUCGUGAUAGGGAUAAUACUGAAAGUCUGAAGCCCCCUGUGUGCCAAUCCUUAUUUAGGGGCCUUAGCCAGCACAUGUUGUAAGUACCAUAGAAGUAUUUAUGUUUAUAAUGGCAGACUGGCAGUUCCGUGGCUGAUU